AUGACAGUAUCUCAUGAGUCAUUAUAUGCCUCAGACGUCUGCUCAUCUUACCCCGUGCUUUUGGAAUCUCCUGCAUUGGGGAGUGUGACGUGGUUAUCAAGCCAACAAGAAGGUGUACAGCGCUUAUUGUCGGCUGCCGCCAAUCGUGCACGUCAACCACGCUCUCCUCCUACUCUCCCCCUCUUCCUCCUCUUCCUCGGCAUUGCUCUCUUCCUCAAUUUGACUCUUGGAUUUCUCACUCUGGGGUCAAUUCUGAGCUUUGACUCUUGCCUUCCUGUAAAAGGUGCCCUAAGUUCCGAACGCGGCGCAUUUCAGUGGAAGGCUCGGAAUCCUGGACAAAGCAUCGAACUCACCGCUACUUAA